UGUUCGGCAGAGGAGGUCCUUGUGUUCUCUUGCCUUCUCUUGUCCAAGAAAAAGAAUCCCUCUUAAUUGCUGCAGAUCUCUUCCUGCUUGAAGGUCGAGAUACCCGUAAGCGAUUUGAACUGACAAUCGUAUCCUGUACAGCAAGUCUCGAUUCGAAAGAAGCAGAAGAAAAAGUAGGCGAAGACCGGUCUGCGCACGCUCAGUUGCAACUUCGGGUAUUAAGCCCUGCUGGGUUGGGCACGGCAUGCCUCCCUUUUAACCCUGCCCUUCAACGUUGGUGAGCCAGUUCCUUCUCUGGCUCCCUGGACUCUCGACAUCGUGUCUCCGCGCUGUCGAGUCCUUCGUCUUGAUGUGAUAACUAUUGGCCGUCAGCUCUUCGAAGAUGACUGGCAAACACUCCUGCCUUGGGCUAUUAGUUUGGGCAUUAUUGCUCAUUCAGAGUUCACAGGCUUUCUUCUCAUUGCCUUCCCCGUGGGGAUACAGAUGUGCUUCACAAAAUGGCACCUGCAUCAAAGAGGAGAAAACAGGGAUUUCCGGCUUCACUACAUUAGCCCACUGCAAGCUGACUUGCGGUCCUCAUGGAGUCAUUUGGCCAAAGCCUAAAACAUCAGAACUGGGAAACGAAGUGGUCCAGUUCCUCCCGAGCAACAUCGAUUACAGGAUAUCAGCUCACCCGGAAGUGUCAGCCCUCCUGAGGGAGGCUUUAGCCGUCUUCAAGAACAAUCUAGACCAGUACAACCCAAAAUAUUCAGAUGGAACGGAACUCUGGAAUGACCAAUAUGAUUCAAAGACAGUUGCCCACAAAGUAUUCAUCGACAUCACUGUUUCCGGAAUGGAUACCCAUCUGACACUGGACACCGAUGAGUCCUACACCCUGGCAGUCUUGACUAAGGAGGACAAGACCACAGCAACAAUCAUCGCGUCUAACUUCUUCGGUGCCCGUCACGCCCUGGAAACCCUCUCCCAACUGAUUGACUACGAUGAAAACACCAAGACCCUCAUCCUCGUCUCCACUGCCAUGAUCAGCGAUUCCCCAGCUUUCAGCUAUCGUGGAAUUCUGCUGGACACUUCCAGAAACUUCAUUUCCGUCAAAGCCAUCGAACGCACCUUGGAUGCUAUGGCCGCCAACAAACUCAACACAUUCCAUUGGCACAUCACGGAUUCUCACUCAUUCCCGCUCUAUAUGCCAUCUCUCCCAAAAAUGGCUUACUAUGGGGCCUAUUCUGCAAGUCAGAUAUACUACCCUGCUGACGUCAAGCACGUUGUUAAAUACGGACGGGUGAGGGGCAUACGGGUACUGCCCGAAUUUGAUGCUCCAGCUCAUGUCGGAAAUGGCUUCCAGUGGGGACCACAACACGGCCUCGGGAACCUAGUUGUCUGUGAGAACAGGGAACCGUGGCAGUCUUUCUGUGUGGAACCUCCCUGUGGCCAGCUGAACAUCGCUAACCCUAACAUGUAUGAUGUCUUGGGCCAGAUCUACAAAGAAAUGGUGGACCUCUUUGGUCCCAUCGAUUUAUUCCACUAUGGUGGUGAUGAGGUCAACCUCAAUUGCUGGAACACUACGGAUGAAGUCACUGACUGGAUGACUGAGAAUGGCUUUGGGCUGGAUGAAAAAGCUUAUUACAAUCAAUGGAGUGUCUUCCAGGAGAAGUCCCAGGACCUCCUCACGAAAGCCAAUAAUGGUAAAAAGGUUCCAGGCAUUAUCUGGACUUCCCACCUCACAGAGGCUGGCCGGGCCGACGUGUAUUUAAAUCCACAUGACUACAUAAUUCAGAUCUGGACAACAGGCGUCGACCCACUGAUCGGAGAACUUCUGGACAAGAACUUCCGCGUCAUUUUCAGCAACUACGAUCACUGGUAUCUUGACUGUGGGUUUGGUGCCUGGGUCGGUGAAGGGAACAACUGGUGCAGCCCAUACAAAGGCUGGCAAGCUGUUUAUGACAACAGCCCCAUCAAAAUAGCCAAAAAUCUUACCACCUCGUUUGACCGCAAACUCGUCUUGGGUGGAGAAGCAGCUCUCUGGACUGAGCAAGCUGAUGAUGCUGUUCUUGAUUCAAGGUUAUGGCCACGAGGAUCUGCCCUGGCCGAAAGACUUUGGUCCGACCCUGACCACAACUGGCAACCGGCAGAGACUCGUCUGAUCCACCAGAGGCAAAGAUUGGUCCAGCGAGGAAUUCAAGCUGACAGAAUCCAGCCACAGUGGUGCCACCAAAACGAGGGACUUUGUUACCUUUAGGUAAUUGGCCUCUGAAUUAGAUGACUGCUUCUGUCAAGACUUAUUCUAUCUUCAAAUGUUUAAGGAUUAUGAAAUUAUUUCGUUGCUCAAGGGUUAUGUUGUUCAUUAUUUGGAAAAGUCAAUGGCGUGUUCAGGUAACAGUUUACAUCCCGAAAUGAUAGUUGUAGAUUGUAGACUUAAUCUUCCCCCUUUGCAGGCGAACUAGUAUUGUUAUAACUCUCACCAUUAUUGACAGUUUUUUUUACGCCUUUUGUGAUACCAGUGCUAUCGUGUGAAAAAAAAAUCUACCACGUAAAAACUGUUUUUUUAAUACUAGAUGAAAAAUAAAACGUUUUAUAUAGUUUA